CAAGUUUGAACAUCUCAUACCAUUUCUUCUUAUAUCAGCUUGUUCUAAUCCAGCGUUCAUAAGCCAAACAAAAGAUGGAGAAGGUCUUUUCGAUGAAUGCAGGCGAUGGAGACUCCAGCUAUGCUCAAAAUUCCAGUUUCUUGCAGAAGAACGUAUUAUUGAAAGCAAAACCAUCGCUAGAAGAGAGCAUUAGAAGUUGGGAGACCACAUUUGAGUGUGACACGCUGUGUAUUGCAGAUCUGGGUUGUUCUUCAGGGCCCAAUACACUGUUUGUCACACAAAUAAUCACUUCAGAAAUCGGGGAAAAAUAUGCCCACAAAGGAAUUAGGGUUCCUGAGUUUCAGAUCUUGUACAACGACCUUCCAUCGACUGAUUUCAAUGCACUUUUCAAACUUUUAUUGGCUGCCCCGCCUGCGGAAAGAUCUUAUUUGGUGGCGGGCGUUCCGGGCUCCUUCCACAACCGACUAUUUCCAUCUCGAAGUCUCCAUUUCAUCCAUUCUUCUAACAGCCUACAUUGGCUCUCUCGGGUACCCCCCGAGAUAGAAGAUAAGAAUAGCAAAUGUUGGAACAAAGGGAGAAUAUUCAUAUCAGAGAAGGGGCCUCCAGAAGUUGGAGAUGCUUACUUUGCACAAUAUCAAAAAGAUUUCAAUAUGUUUUUAAGAGCACGGGCAAAAGAGGUGGUGGAAGGAGGACGAAUGUUUCUAGUGUUUGGUAGCCGCCCAAGUGCAGACAAAAGGCAAUACACUUGGGCCUCCUUCUCAUGGGAAGAUUUGGGGUUCGCUAUCAAGGAUUUGGUCUCUCAGGGAAUUAUAGAAGAGGAAAGAUUAGAUUCUUUCAACUUGCCAGCUUAUCAAGUAUCUGAAGAUGAAUUAAGAAGUGAAGUGCACAAAGAAGGGUCUUUUACUAUUGUGGGACUUGAAAUUAUCAUUGGUAGUAGUAGUAUGGACAAAUAUGAUGAUAAUGAGAAGGGAAAAUUAUUUUCUAAACAAAUGAGGGCAGUUUUAGAGAGUCUAAUUUCAUAUCAUUUUGGAGAAAAGGUAGUGGACGCUAUUUUCAAUAGAUAUGCAGAGAUCUUUACAGCCAACAUCAUACAAAAUGAAGAAUAUAUGAAACAGGCAACUAGAAUUGCAGUAACACUUGAACGAAAUGAUUCCACUUAAAAUAUGACAACAAAAAUUGUCAUUAACUCUAUUAGAUUUUGAAAAAGUACAAUAAAAUAAAACUACAAUAUUAUUCUAUAUCCAACAUACAACAUACUAUAUUAUUCUUGAUAUUAUUAAACUAAUAAAUUGUAUGUGCCAAUAGUUUAACAAAUAAGACAUUUGUCAAUUGGGUUGUUCUAAUGGCAAGACCAUAAGGUUCUCAUGUUGGAGAUCCAUGUUUGAAUCUUCCAAAGUGACAUCUAU